AUGUCUGCCCAGGAAAAAGCUACCAAUUACAUCACCUCGCUCAACAACGAGCUUUCCAAAUACCCCGCUUUCGACAAUCUUGAGAAGCAAACCGGUCUCCCCAAGGCCUAUGCCGUCAUAGCUGUUGGCGUCCUCUACUUCCUCUUCAUCAUCUUCAACCUUGGUGGCCAGCUCUUGACCAACCUUGCUGGCUUCGUCAUUCCUGGAUAUUACUCGCUCAACGCCCUCUUCACCGCCAGCAAAGAUGAUGACACCCAAUGGUUGACUUACUGGGUCGUGUUCUCCUUCUUCACCGUCCUUGAGAGCUUCUUCAACAUUGUUUAUUGGUUCCCCUUCUACUUUGUCUUCAAGUUCAUUUUCCUCCUGUGGUUGUCUUUGCCUGCGUUCCGUGGCGCUGAGAUAAUUUUCCGAUCUUUCCUGGCUCCCACCCUUAGCCGACACUUCCAACAGCCAGCCUCGACUUCUGCUGGCCUGCGCUCCAAGACUGGUGGCGUCGAUAAGUCUGACUAA